AUGCCACAGAGUCUAGGACAUGCGUUGGCAGCACCCGAGCAUACCUCCCUCGACUACGGGUACUCGAGUUGGCUGAUCAGCAGACAAAAAGCCGCAGAUCUGUACGAUUCUGGUACCAAGCUUUGGACUAAAGAGGAUCUCAAAGACAUAGAGCAACAGUUGAGAAAAUCCUAUUCGAAAGACCGAUUCUCAGUCCGUCGAAUCGAUGGGAAAAUACUCCACAUUUCAAAUCCCCUCUUUCAAGUACAGAAUCCUAUCAGGAAACCCUACGUCGAGUACCAAGAAUAUUGGCGACUUGUGUCAGAACGGCCCGACGGCCCAAUCGAAACCUACCUCUGCUCCUACAUUGUAGAUUGGGAUAAUCAGACUGCUCGAAAUUUUCGAGGGCUUAUAGCCCAGCCUACACAAGUCUUUGACGAGAAAGUCUUGUUGUGGCAGAAUAGCACAACCUGCAAGGAAAUUACAGCCUUACUCCGACGUUUACUCGGUACAAAAACCGUGAAGAAAGUUCUCGGCUUCGGGCUCGGUGACUUUUGCCGCUGCGCUCCUGGAUGUUUCAAAGAAAAGCGUGGCUCUUGGUGUGAAGCCUCUGAUGUUGAAUAUGUGAUGGGCUCUCUGAUCCAGCAUUCGAUGGCUCUCACUAUCGCUCAACUUUGUGGUGGUAAUAAAAUGGUGCCAAUACUUGCUCAGGACCCAGACUACACAGAGAUGGCAGAGACGAUUUUGACUGAAAAGGGAUUCGAGAUUGUUGGAACUCACGGCGCAGGAGGAUUCGCGGAAAUUGACGAGGAAUCCAUCGUGAUAGCACCCUUUAUUGCCGCCCCAGUCAAGCAGAUUAUCGCCGACAUCGCUCGGCCAGUCCUCAUUAUUUCCGACGAGCGUAUUGUCUUCAACGAAGAUGAGUUUGUUCGCCUCCAUCAAUGCUCGAGUCUAGCUAACCAGGGAACUUCGCAGCGAACCGUACGCAGAUCCUGA